AUGGUAUGUGUGCAAUGUGUGAGAGAGAAGGGGCAAAGAGACAAGCUGCAAAGGUGUUUGCAUUUUGUAAAAAGAAGGGGAACUACACAUACAGAAAGAGCCUACUUAUGGUGCAAUAGAUUUGUGAUAUAACUCUGUAUCAUACCAAAUCAGAUCCGUCUGUUUGACAUCCCAUUCAGCAACAUUCGAUGGCUUGAUUAGCCCCAAGAUAUAUCUACACCGUUGAUUCGUGGCUGAGUUAUACAUCUUUCAUCAUUCCGGCUCGGUCGAUUUGUAGCGUAAAUGUCCGGGACUCGGAAGUCGGAACAGGGAAGAGAGGCGUUGAGAAGCCAUGAAUGAAUGGUGUUUUGUUUGCGUCAAAACCCUACAUGUUGGCAUACCAAGCUCCAAACCGACUUCUAUUCAGGGUAGGAAACUCCGGAUUCCGCGGCUGGUUUAAUGCCACAGUACAGGGCAGAAGCAAAGGACUUUCAUUUUUCUUGCUCAAUAAGUCUAUCUUGUUUCCAAGAAGAUUGAGGAAAGAUCAGAUUGUUUUCCUUUUUUUCAUAGACAGUGAUGAUGAACUCAGAGAGUUGGAUGUGAAGCCUGUUAAACUAGAGCCAGAUUUGCUUGGGGCCUCAGUGCAACAAAAAGAGUACCAUAAAACUGAUCUUCCCCAGCAUUGUGAGCUUGAAGCCCAUCCUAGAAGACAAGGUUCUGAAGAAAAUAGAAGCUCAAAUGCUAUAAGUAGUGGUCAAAGUGGCACCAGUGAUCAGGAGCAGUCUCCAAUCAACAAUGCAAGCCUUUCUUCCGUGUCAACUAUUUGUUCAGCACCACUUUGUCGGCAAUUUUGGAAAGCUGGGAACUAUGAUGAUGGGCUAGCUUCUAAAUCCGCAUUUCAAAAUGGCAGUAGUUAUCUUCACAUUCACCCCAAGUUCCUUCAUUCAAAUGCUACUUCACAUAAAUGGGCCUUUGGUGCGAUUGCGGAGCUACUUGAUAAUGCAGUUGAUGAGAUACAAAAUGGGGCCACCUUUGUCAUUGUAGAUAAAACCACAAAUCCAAGGAAUGGAAGUCCGGCAUUGUUAGUUCAAGAUGACGGUAGCGGAAUGGAUCCAGAAGCAAUUAGGCGUUGUAUGAGUUUUGGAUUUUCAGAUAAGAAGUCAAAAUCAGCUAUUGGACAGUAUGGGAAUGGCUUCAAGACAAGUUCUAUGAGACUGGGGGCAGAUGUUAUUGUCUUCAGCCGCCACCUGGUGAACAGGAAAUUGACUCAAAGCAUCGGUCUUUUAUCUUACACAUUUUUGACACAAACAGGCCAUGACAGAAUUGUAGUUCCUAUGGUAGAUUAUGAGUUCAACACAUUGACCGGCACAAUGGAUACCUUACAUCGAUAUGGUAAAGAACAUUUUACGUCUAAUCUUUCCAUGCUGUUGCAGUGGUCUCCAUAUUCAACUGAAGUAGAGCUUCUGAAGCAAUUUGAUGACAUUGGGUACAGUGGCACGAAGAUCAUCAUCUACAAUUUAUGGCUAAAUGAUGAGGGUGCUAUUGAGUUAGAUUUUGACUCAGAUACGGAGGAUAUUCGUAUAAGACAUGAUGCCAAAACUAUUGACAGAUGUAAAUUUACGGCUGUAAGUGAACAGCACCUUGCUAAUCGACAUCGUUUUUCUCUCCGGGCAUACUUGUCCAUCUUGUAUUUGCGAAUACCUGAAAGUUUCCGGAUGGUAUUGCGUGGGCGAGUUGUUGAGUGUCAUAAUAUUGCCAGUGAUCUCAAAUUUCCACAAAUCAUCGAGUAUAAACCUCAAAGUGGUGGAUGUGUGGAGGGUACGGUUCUAACAACAAUAGGGUUCCUGAAGGAAGCUCCAGAAGUCAAUUUACAUGGCUUCAAUGUCUACCACAAGAAUCGUUUAAUACUGCCAUAUUGGCAUGUUGUAAGCUACAGUAGCAACAGAGGUAGAGGGGUUGUAGGUAUUCUGGAAGCCAAUUUUAUUGAGCCCACUCACAAUAAACAAGAUUUUGAGAAAACCAACGUUUUUCAGAAGCUUGAAGUCCGUUUGAGGGAAAUGACAUUUGAAUACUGGGAUUAUCAUUGUGGACUCAUUGGGUAUCAGCCUACGAAAAAACCUCGGGUAUCAAUGCUGUCUCAGGCAUCAUCUGAUUGCAGACCGCAUACUUUUACGCAACCUGUUGUGUUGAGUAGAAGUUCCUCUGCUAUUGGUAGUAUAAGACCAGCAUCGGCAGGUGAGGUCCUUCAGCAUCCAUCAGCUGCUUCCUCCAAUUUCUUAGUUGGAAGUCCCAGACAAUCAAUAAUCAACUCUCAAGGAAACUCCCAAGCAGCACAAUUGAAGAGGAAAGAACAUGGUUGUUUAGUAGAACCUGAAAAGGUCAAAAGGAAGACUGGGAUGGUAGACACUGCAAUUAAUGCUGGGUUCAGUCAGGAAUUGCAGUUUGCUUUGACGACAAAUCAGUUGAGCGAUCAAGAGGUGACAAACCUGAUACAGGAGAACAAAAGGCUCCGAGCACAAUGCUUGGAAUAUAAGAAAAGGGAGAAAGAACUUAAUCUCAAGGUGAAUCGGCUUAGAAGUGAUUUAGGAGAGUUCCAACGUGAAUAUGCUCGGCUAUUGGCUGAAUCGCAAUUGUUGGACGAAGUCAAGGAGGAGAAUGAUGUAAGUUUGUUAGUUGCGUCUACAUACACUCUUGAAGAUGAAGCGCGAGGAUGGAUGAUCAAUGCUUUUGAGCGUGGUUAUUGCUAGAACGGUUAAGUUGCAUGGGCAGAUGUCACGUCGAUGAUCAUAGUGACACAAAG